AUGUUCCAGGAACUACCACAUCCCUGUGGUACCAGCUGGGAUCCUGCCCUGAGUCCCAGCCUCACCCAGAAGCAGCCUGACCUUGCCCCCAGAGGCCUGAAGGCUCCUGGUGAGAACUAUAGUAAUGAGGUCACGUAUACAAAUAUUCUCAAGGCAGCAGGGGAGUUUGGGACAUUUCAGAGGAGACUAGUGGCUAUCCCCAAUAUCCUGUCUGCUUUUUUUAUGUUUGGUGGAGUGUUCAUGUUUAAGAAGCAGCCUCAUCACUACAACACCACUUGGCUUUUGGCCAUCCAACCCAACUUGACUAUGACCGAACUAUUCAACCUGACCCUGCCCAGAAAGACUGAUGGGCCCUUUGAGGAGGAGAUGUACUUGCCCGUCCAGUGGGACUUUGACUCUAUUGUCAAGUAUGGCCUGAACGACAUUGAAGAUUGCCAAAAUGGCUGGAUCUACCUCCAACACAGGGAGUGGUCCCUGGUCAAUGAGUUUAACCUGGUCUGUAAUAAAGCCUCUGAACCCUUGAGAGCAUAUUCUGUUUUGGUGGCUGGCCUUCUGUUUGGAUCCUUGAUCACUGGUACCCUAUGUGACAGUUCUAAGGUGGUUGGCCCUCGGCCGAUCCUCUGGAAGGUAUGGGAAGGGCAGACUGGGCUGGGAUGGAGGACUGAUUUGGGGCUCCAAGUUCCCAUGGGAUUUGGAAAGUCAAGGAGGCUGCAGAUUGUGACACCCACCAGAGCAUGGUUUGAGGGAGGCCAAGGCUGUGGCAGAAAUGGCAGUCCCAGUGAUGGUCUCCUAUGGACUCUUCCUCCAGCUACAAAAUGGUUGGUCAUCACCCAAAGAGCCCACACCAUCAUCCUUGGGCACUGCUUUUUUGUCCUGGGCCUCUUGAUCCUUUCCCUGGCCUACUCCAUCCCUCACUGGAGACUGCUCCAGCCGACCGGAAGUGCCCCGGUGAUCUUCCUGAUCCCCUAUAUCUGGAUUCUUCCUGAGUCCCCAUUGUGGCAGAUGAUGAGAGGAAAAAUGGAAAAGGCAAAGUGUGUCCUAUGCACGGCAGCCUCUGUCAAUAAGGGAACCAUACCCCCUGCGCUCCUCCAGCAGCUGAUCUGUGAGAACAUCCCCUAUGGAACAGUCCUGGACAUCCUGCAAAGGCCUCACCUGAGGAAGAUAGCCCUGAUCCUGACCUACGUGUGGUUCUCCAUCGGUUUUGGCUAUUUAGGGCUGAGUUCCCAAGUGCAGAAGCUUCUGAUGAACAUGCACAGAUCCCAGCUGUUGAGACUGGUGGAGUUGCCUGCCCGUCUCUCCUGCCUCAUCAUCGUGAAGAAGCUGGGGAGGAGAGGUAGCCAGGCUUUUACCCUUCUACUGGGGGGCCUCACAUGUCUGCUCAAUGCCUCCAUUCCCAGUGGUACAGCUUUCCCUUCUUCCACAAGUACCCUCCUGCCUGAGCACCCCCUGCCCCACUCACUCUCCUGA